AUGAGAGCAGCCCAUGCUAAUAAUGAAUCUGAAAUGAGAGAAAAUUCUGAUAGGUUAAAUCUAACUGGAUACACUUUAGAAGAGAGAAACUUGACAGAAAUCAACGAUAACGCAAAACUAUUAUACAAUAUAUCAAUAAGAUCUUGGAAAGAAUUUCUAAAAGACACAGCCGCACCAAUAAAAAAUUGUCUGGACGAGCUUUCAACUCUGGCCUCCAUUGACAAACCUGAUAUCCCGAGCGAAGAACCAGUUGAAUAA